AAGCAAAAAAAAAAAAAAAAGCAACAUCACAUUCACACAAGAACCAGACAGAAUUAGAGAGAAAAGAAAAAGAAAACCCCUUUCUCCACCAUUGUUGAUGGAGGAGAAAGCUUCUUCGACCUCUCUCCCUUUCACUCCUGGAUCUACUACGUAUACUAAAGAAACUUACUCUGUGUGUGUUGAUAAGCUUUGAGAGAGAUUUUCAGUUUGCAUGUUACCUUACCCUCCAAGUCUAUUAUAUCUUUAGAUUCUGAUUUGCUCUUUAUCCUUUCAUGAAAAAUUCACAUAUUUUUGUAAGCCAUUAGCCACAAAGUUCCAACCUUUAAUAAAAAAGUCUAUGGAUCGUAGAGAAGCUAUGGCGGGUUCUUACUAUAUCCAGAGAGGCAUGCCUGGCUCUACUCCUCCUCCUCCUCCUCCUCAGACACAACCCACGUUUCACGGAUCACAAGGGUUUCACCAUUUCUCCAACCCCAACUCUCCUUUCGUCUCAAACCCAAACCUGAACCAAGUAGGCGGCGGCUCCACUGCAUUCGUGUCUCCUCCUUUACCAGUUGAGUCUUCUCCGGCUGACUCUUCAGCGGCUGCUCCUCCUCCUCCUUCUCAGUCUGGUGAGAAGAGGAAGAGAGGACGGCCUAGGAAAUACGGACAAGAGGGUCCUGUUUCCUUGGCAUUGUCUCCUUCAGCCUCCAUGUCCCCAAGCUCUAACAAACGUGGCCGUGGUAGACCUCCUGGCUCAGGCAAGAAGCAAAGAGUUGCUUCCACUGGUGAAUUGAUGUCUUCAUCAUCAGGGAUGAGCUUCACGCCGCAUGUAAUCGUAGUAUCCAUUGGUGAAGACAUUGCGUCAAAGGUUAUGUCUUUUACGCAGCAAGGUCCAAGAGCGAUUUGUGUCUUAUCCACUACCGGUGCAGUCUCUACCGCAACUAUUCUUCAGCCAUCACCUUCUCAUGGAGCUAUUAAAUACGAGGGUCGUUUCGAGCUCUUAUCUCUCUCAAUUUCUUACAUGGACGCAACUGAAAAUGACAACUCAAACCGCACUGGAAACCUAUCCGUCUCACUCGCUAGCCCUGAUGGUCGUGUCAUCGGUGGUGGAAUUGUUGGGCCUUUGAUAGCAGCAAGCCCUGUUCAGGUUAUCGUUGGGAGCUUCCUUUGGGCGGUUCCAAAAGGGAAGAUCAAAAAACGAGAUGAAGCUUCUGAAGAUGUCCAAGACACUGAUGGUUUGGAGAACAACGACAACACUGCACCAACAUCACCUCCUCCUCCUGUUCCUCAACAAGGCCAGCACCUUGUUCAGACUCCUGUAGGGAUGUGGUCAACCGGUUCAAGAUCGAUGGAUAUGCAUCAUGCCCAUAUGGACAUUGAUCUAAUGCGUGGAUGAUGAUGAUUCAUGUGUAGUAGAUAAGCAUUGAAAUCUAGGAGAUGAAGAAAGCUAACCUCUCUUUAAGAAAAAAAAAUGUCUUUUGGUUUAUGUUUAGGACAAGAAAAGACUUGUAGUGAUUUUUUUCAGAACUCAUGUGUGUUUAAUCGAUUUGGUUUCAUAUAUAACAUGUUAUUGCAUUCUA